GAACCAUCACUUUUUGGCUUUCUUAUUUGUCAAGUAUACAAGAAAAUUAUAAAUCUAAGCAAAACCUUAAUUAAAAGAGAGUACUACUACUAUGGAGAAGAUGAUCAGAGAACCUCUGGGUGUACCCGAUCAGUCUUCAUUGAAGCAUGUCUCCGUUCUUGGCAGAGGGAGCUUUGGCUAUGUCUCUCUCAAGCGGGGUCCUGACUUCCGACUCUAUGCAAAGAAAUCAUCAUCUUCGUUCAACCACUUGAAGAAUCUCGAGAAAGAGCUUAGGAUCAUGCUUUGUUUCCGCAAUCAUCCUCGCAUCGUCCAAGCCUCAAGCCCUGUUGUUCACUUAGAGAUCCAACCCGAAGGAUGUCACAUCUAUAUGGAGUUUGCCUCCAAAGGCACUCUCUUCAAUAUGAUCUCCAAGUUUCGUGGGAAUCCAAUGCCUCAGAAUAUGAUCAAACGUGCCGCUCUUAUGAUCAUACAAGGACUCGACGCUCUUCACUCACACGGCUACGUUCACUGCGACCUCAAGCCAGCCAACGUCCUCGUCUUCCCUUCCACAACCUUCGGAGAGCCAUGGGAUCUCAAGCUUGCUGAUUUCGGUUCAUCUAAAGAGCCUUCUACGGAUUCUAGGUCGUUAUUUCCUGGUACGGAGCAGUACAUGCCGCCAGAAUCUUUUGGACAUGAUGGAGUGAUGGGACCGGCCGUUGAUAUAUGGUCUCUAGGGUGUAUGGUUAUUCAGAUGUUUGGAGGAUGGCCAGAGAUGAUGGGAGACUGUUACAUGUGGAGGCUUCCCAAACUUAUUUCUCCGGUGGCCAACGACUUCUUGAUGCGGUGCUUGGAGUUGCAGCCGUCACGUAGGGCCACCGCGGCCGAGCUGUUGAGCCAUCCUUUUGUUGCGGAAAGAAUCAGUGUUCCAUUGCCAGAGAUGCUUCCGUGUCAUUAUUCUUUCUUAAGGUUUCCUUCCGCCAUAAUUGACAAAGUGAUGGAAGAACUUUCAAGAAAACAAGGAGGAAUGAUGGUUUGAAGACCUUAAGCUUUGAUAAACGGUGGAGAUGAUCCCCAAAAAGAAAGGAGUUUCAUGUUACGGCGGAUGUUUAGGGUUGGUUCAGUGUUAAGAGUCGUAUUUAGGUUUUGGUUGAGUUUGGGCUUUUAACUUGUUUCUCAAGGUUUAGGUUUAAGUCAUUGUAAUACAUAUCUUCAUCUUUU